AUGUUGCGGCAGCAGCAGCAGCAGCCGCCCGUGUACGAGCUGGCCGGCUACCGGCAGCCGCCCCCCGCCUCGCUUCCCAAGGCGGCGCGCGACCACCCCCGGGUGGCGCCGGAGCAGCUGCCGGGCGGCGGCCCGGGCGACCCGCGGCGCGAGCAGCAGCAGCUGCGGCGCAAGAUCAACAGCCGGGAGAGGAAGCGGAUGCAGGACCUGAACGUGGCCAUGGACGCCCUGCGGGAGGUGAUCCUGCCCUACUCGGCCGCCCACUGCCAGGCCCACGGCUCGCCGGGCAGGAAGCUCUCCAAGAUCGCCACGCUGCUGCUGGCCCGCAACUACAUCCUCCUGCUGGGCAGCUCCCUGCAAGAGCUGCGGCGCCUCCUGGGCGGCCCCGCCGCGCCCCGCCUGCUGCUGGCCGGCUGGCCCCUCUUCGCCGCCCCGCCGGCCCCGCUGCUCGUGGACCCCCACCCCCACCGCCUGCGGCCGGCCGGCCAGCUCCUCUCCGGGGCCCUGGGCGAGCCCGCCCCCCUCUGCCCCUGCGCCCUGUGCCAGCUCCCCGCCGCCCUGCAGGCCCGCUUCGCCAAGUGA